AACAAAACAACUCAAUUAAAAUCAACAUGAAAUUCUUCGUUGUAUUCGCUUGCCUUUUGGCCGUAGCCUUCGCCGGUAAUGACGUCAAUGUCAUCCGCAGCGAUGCUGAAGUCAAUGUAGACAGCUUCAAAUAUGCUUAUGAAUUCGACAACAGCAUCAAAGCUGAACAACAAGGCAACUUGAAAGCAGAAGAUACCUGGGUCGUCAAUGGUCAAUACUCAUACACCUCACCUGAAGGCGAACAAGUUUCCUUGGCUUAUACCGCUGAUGAAAAUGGUUAUCAUGUUGAUGCUGCCAACCCAUUGUUGCCCACUCCACCACCAAUUCCAGCAGCCAUCCUCCGCUCUUUGGAAUGGAUCGCAGCUCAUCCAUCAAAGGAAUAAAUAUUUAGUUUUAAGUAUUUGAAUGGGUUGGAAA